AUGAGUACCAUCCAAGAUUCCUUCAGUACGCACACACCGGACUACAUGGUGGCCACCGACUCGGACGCAUCCAGCGGCGAUGAUAGCGAACUCCUCAUCAGCCUGUUCGAGCAACCCGAGCCAGCGAGCCCGGUGAUGACAGACGAAUGCGACCGAGGAGGCCGCGCCUUCCCGUACACUCGGUCCAAGACGCGCUGGCGGAAACGUCCGAACGACGAGCUCAAGUACUUGAGGGCUCAAGUCGCCGAGCUGCAAUGCGUGCUAGCUGCAUUGAACCAGUCCGGGAGACGCCCCACAGCGACAGGUGUAAAGCUCCAGAAGCUUUGCGAGGCGAACCAGAGUCCGAAGGUGUAUGCGGCGCUGGUGGAGAACCGAAAGCUUCGAGCGAUGGUUGCGCGUCAACUGCAAGUGGUGAAGUUGCUGCAAAGCUCGAUCGAUGAGGACGUGCGAAUGAAGGCGCAGAAACUCCCGUGGCCCAGCAGCGUGGACUCCCCUACCGAUUUGAUGGGCGCCAUGCUGAAUGAGGAGCAACAGUAUCCUUGCUUCGGCGGUAUUUAG